AUGACAGCUGGUGUAAGAGAGCUUCUAGGUUUGGUCAUGGCCAGUGUCAGCUUUUUGGGGAGCAUCAUCAUCUGUGCUCUCCCACAAUGGAGAGUCACAAAAAUCCAGGAUUUAAGAAGUGAUGAUUUUUAUGUGUUAUCUGAGGGUUUGUGGAAAUUCUGUUAUACCACCAGAACAUAUGACUCAGUGCCUGAGUGCAGGACAUAUGACAGUGAAUAUGUAUCAAUAACCCAAGACCUGGAGGUUGUCAGAGUGCUUAUUGUCAUUGGCAUCAUUGUUGGGUUCAUUGGGAUCCUGCUUCGUGUUGUUGGGAGCAAGUUCUUCAACUUUGUGCCUGAUGACAUGAAAAAGAGCAAAAUGGUCAUGGCUUCUGGAGUUGUUUUACUCAUUGCAGGGCUCUUUGUACUAAUAUCAGUCUGCUGGAUCACCAACACCAUCAAUGAUAAUUUCGAGAAUGAUCUAUCUCCUAGCUCUCUUGACUUUCUGAAGAGGAAGCUGGGAACCUCGGUCUACAUUGGCUGGAUCACCACAGUGCUGUGGUUCCUGGGAGGCGGCCUCCUCUGCAGCUCCUUUCUCUGCACGGAUGGGACUGACUAA